AUGGCAUCAAUGUUCUCCCCGGCUAUACUUGUGGAGCAUCAGCUAGCCAAUGAAUUUGAUUGCACAAAUAUCAGCUCUUCAGACCAUUUUUUUGAUUCUGUUAUCUUCAACUUUGUCUUACUUGAGCGUGACUGUGUCACCUGGCAGUCUUGCUACACUUCCACUAUUUGUGCUGGUAAUCCAGCUAUCCCUCUGCACCAACUGGGUUACAACAUGCUUGCACCACUAGAACACUCAUUUUUGAGUAGGCCGUACAGUCCCCCAUUGACUGAAAUCAAUGAGGAAAAGGACUAUCCUCUUCCCAACUCCUAUCCAUCCCACUUUCUCAGCCAGAAAAACACCAUCAUCAUCCCUACAUUUUGUAAUCAUUAUUUGGCUGCAAACAAAGUCUUUCAGGCAGAACAUGAUUGCAAUGCCAAUGUCCUGUGGACUAAGAAGGAAAAGGAAAUGACUUGUGCACACAGAUAUCUUCAGUCUCAGUAUCAAGACAGUGUAAAGGCUACAUGUGAGAUGUACCUGAGAAUCCCAGCAAACAUCAUUUUGGGCCAAUCACUCAAUAUUCGCAAAUCAGACGGCUCCCUCAUGGUCUUUUUUUGCACAUCCCUCCCAGAAUAUAUCCGCUCAUCACUACAGCCAAAGCUCCUGGCUGCAUUUGAGAAUAAUGAGCUGCUUACUGAGAAGCCUGGUCAACAUGAUGAGGAUGACAUAUUUGAGGUGCUACACUUUUUCUGGUACAACUGUCACUGCACAAGGCUGCCCACUAACUUCCUUGAAAACCAGGGAGAUGACACUCCAACUGAGAUUUUGCCUCUCAUGUUAGAGAGGGAAGAUGGAUGUUGUACCAACUAUUCCCAGAUGAUCCCUUACCUGUCCAAGGAAAUCAAAGAUCACAACACUAUUUACCAGACUAUCAAAGUUGUCUUUGCAGACCUAUUCCAUUGGAUCCAUGAUGUGAUUGAGCUCCAGCUGCCUGAGGAGUAUGAGCUAUUGGCUGAAGUUGCGUCAAUUUUGCCUGGCAACAAUUCAUCUCCAAUAUUCCCCUUCCUUUCACUGGUGAUUAACCUCAAUGUCUCUACCAAAGGUCAUUGA